UCAAUUUUGGUCAUUCAGAAGCAAAAAAACAACAAGAAUGAGCGGUGAGAAUGGGGAAGACAAUAGCAGUCGUUACAAGAGGAGACUAAGAGCUAAGGAGUAUGCCGAUGAACAGUUUCCCGCCAAGAAUACGCGUGCUAAACCUAAGCGCAGUGAGGAUUUGGCAGAAGAGUCUCACUUAAGGUGCCAUCAAUGCCAGAGGAAUAACAAGGGCGGGGUUGUUCCAUGCCGAACCUGCAAAAAGAAGCGGUACUGCGUUCCCUGCUUGACUAACUGGUAUCCUAAGAUGACCCAGGAAGAAGCUGCCGCUGCUUGUCCUUUCUGUCUUACAAUUUGCAAUUGUAAAACUUGCUUGCGUGAUGCUCCAAAAGAACGCCUGAAUCGUCUACGGGAGCUGAAAGUUGAUAAAGAUAAGGAACAAGUGCACUGUAGAUAUUUAGUCCAAGCUCUUCUUCCCUUACUGAGGCAGUUAGAUGAAGAACAAUUAAUGGAGAGAGAUAUUGAAGCUAGGGCAACAGGAUUUUCUCCUGCAGAUGUAGAGAUACAAAAUGCAAAUUGUCCUAAUAAUGAGCGCAGAUACUGUGACAAGUGCCGAACAUCUAUCUUUGAUUAUCACAGAAGCUGUUCAAACUGCUUUUCUGAUAUCUGCCUUGUCUGCUGCCGAGAGAUCCGUCAUGGGUACCUACAGGGAAGUGCCCAGCAGGUCGUUAUGGGGUAUAUUGAUAAGGGGUUUGAAUAUUUACAUGGUAAAGAGGGAACAUAUGUGAAAACAGAUAAGGUACUGUUGGAACAUGGAUCUAAUUUCAAGGGGUUAAAUUCAGGAUGGAAAGCAAACGAAGAUGGAAGCAUUGCUUGCCGUUGUGGUAUUGGAAAUUUAGAACUGAAAUGUAUGCUCCCCGGAAAUUGGGUCUCAGAGUUAUUAAAGAGAGCCGAAGAUGUUAGACAUGCUUAUGAACUUGACCAGGUUAAAAUUCCAUCAAAACAAUGCGCGUGUUUUAAUUCCCAUGGAGAUAUUGACGUAGGAAAUAGUCAAUUGUUAAAAGCAGCAUCUCGAGCAGAUUCUGAUGACAAUUUUCUGUACAAUCCGAGGGCCAAAAGUAUCAAAGAGGAGAAUUUGAACCAUUUCCAAUACCAUUGGAUGAGAGCUGAGCCUGUGAUUGUAAGCAAUGUUCUCGAAACUGCAACUGGGUUGAGUUGGGAGCCAAUGGUCAUGUGGCGUGCCUUUCGCCAGCUAACUAAUGAAUGUAAACUUUUGGAUAUGAAGGCUAUUGAGUGCUUGGAUUGGUGUGAGGUAAAUGUUAAUGUUCACAGAUUCUUUCAGGAAUACUUGACUGGCCGAUUUGACAUAGAGGAUUGGCCUCAAUUACUGAAAUUGAAAGUUUGUCCCUCUACUACGUUUGAUGAACUUUUGCCUCGACAUGGUGCUGAAUUUAUUCUUUGUUUGCCCUUUAAAGAGUACACACAUCCUGAAAAUGGUCCUCUGAACCUUGCUGUCAGAUUGCCUAAGGACUCUUUGAAGCCAAAUAUGGGCCCAAAGGCAUAUAUUGCUUAUGGAUGCACUCAAGAACUUGGGCGUGGAGAUUCUGUGACCAAGCUUCACUGUAACAUGUCGGAUACGGUAAAUGUGUUAACACAAACGGCUGAAGUGAUCCUUGAACCUGAGAAACUUGCUGCUAUAGAAAGACUUAAAAGAAAGCACAGGAAGCAAGACCUUAGAGAACUUUAUGGUAGCAAUCAGGCUCCGGAGGAAGAAGUUGAUGCUGAAAUGCAGAAUGGUUGUGGUGGCACUUCAAUUGACAAAGGGAGGCCUGAUGCGGGAGGUGCUGUUUGGGAUAUCUUUCGGAGAGAAGAUGUUCCAAAGUUGCAGGAAUAUAUUAACAAGCACUUCAAAGAGUUUAGGCACAUUCACUGUUGCCCAUUGCAGAAGAUUGUUCAUCCUAUUCAUGAUCAGACCAUUUAUUUGACUCUAGAGCAUAAGAGGAAGCUGAAAGAGGAAUAUGGCAUUGAGCCAUGGACAUUUAUCCAAAAACUUGGUGAUGCAGUCUUUAUUCCUGCAGGCUGUCCUCAUCAAGUGAGAAAUUUGAAGUCGUGUAUAAAGGUAGCAUUGGACUUUGUUUCACCAGAAAAUGUUGGUGAAUGUAUCCGUUUGACGGAUGAGAUCUGUUUACUGCCCCAAAACCACCCAGCCAAAGAGGACAAGUUGGAGGUUAAGAAAAUGUACGUUCAUGCUUUGAAAUGGGCCCUUGAUGUUUUGGAAUUGGAGGAUAUUGAAGACUUUCACAGGUUUGCCACUCCAAAGAGACGAGCCAAAAAUAACUCACAGAGCUAUUCUUCCAAAGCAACAUUCAAAACUGCAUCUUUUAUUGGAUGUGGAAGACUUGGAAGAUUUCAAGGGAUAUCUAAUUUUAAAAACACCUCAGACAAUUCUGUUGAGGUAGAUAAUGAUGUCUCAGAACCAAGCAAAGAGAUUUGCAAGGAAGCUUCGACAAAGCAGGAAGGAACUGAAUUGCCCGGUAAAUCUGAAAAAGAAAAAACUUCUAGCAGUCGAGAUAAAAAUAAAAACAUAAAGGAAGAUAUACUCUCACAUCCCGUGGCUUCAUCCUCUCCAAACCAUGAGUCUGCUUCUCGAGAUACAGCUGCUUUUGACACCUCUGUAUCAUUUGAUGAGCCCGUUGAUGAGGAUCCCCUAUUGCAAAUUAAAAAGCUUUCCUCCAUUGUAGAGGAGGAUCAAGAACACCAUGAUUUUAGCUUUAUGGAUGAAAUUAUUGUUCCUGAAGCUAGUGCAUCUUAUAUUUCUCAUCUCAAUGACAUUGAGGGAGCGACUCUUGCGAUUAGACAGAUUCUCAGCCUUGACAUUUCACAGAUAACAGAUUCUCAGAUAGUUUUAUUCCUUUCGGCUCUCAGAUUUUUCCAGAAUGUGAAGGAUUCUGCCAUCACUCCUGAUAUUGAGAAGCAAGCGGGCAGCGUAUUAAUUUCUUGGAAAUCCCACGAGGAAUCAGAAUCAAGCAGCAUCCGAGAAUUGGAGGCUCUCAAUGCGGAAAGUAAAACCUACAAGGAUUUAGCAGCAGAGAAAGACAAUAUUGGUAGAAAAAUUAGAACUAUCAACACAGAGGCUCUUAGACUUGAGGUAGAAAUUAAGGAACGUCAGGACAAGCUUAAAGAAUUAGCACAGAAGUGCAAGCCUUUGAGUGAGCGUUAUGAGGAGUUGAUGACGGAAUUUAAGGCUCUUCACAGUUCAUUGGAACCCAAGAAAAAGGAGAUGGUCUCAUUGGUGGAAGUUUGUAGCAAAGCUUGUGAAGGCAAGAAUGCUUGUAAAAUUCAGUGGGAUACCCUCAGGCAAUUACUCCUUCAUUCACUUCUCCCGUCUCUCUGACAUGCUUUUGUUUGUCAACUCUAAUGUGCCCGUUUACCCAUUUUGUUUAUAUAUAUCUAUAUUAAAACUUUAAUUACUAACCAAAUUUUAAACUAUAAAAAACUAAUUAAUAGUUAUUUAUAUGAUAUGCUAUACAUAUUGUAAUGUACUUAUAUUAAUUUUCUCAUUAAGUUUUGGUGAGACAA